AUGACAACCUUUAUCAAAGUAAGCAUCAGAGAAUUUGGGGCCAAGAGUGAAUUCUCAACAAAAAGCAAGAAUGAGCUGCAAAUUGGGAAUAGCUUUGCUGUUGGCAUUUGGUUUGCGAACAUCCAGCAGAGAACAGUCAUAUGGACGGCAAAUCGCGAUGACACUCCACUUCCAAGUGAUGUGAUCUUGACCUUGAGUACUGAUGGCAUGCUCGUCUUACAGUUUAAUCAAGGCCAGGAGAUACCCAUUUCAGAUGCUACUCUGUAUGCUUCCUCAGCCUCCAUGCUUGAUUCCACUUUUGAUGCUCCAACAGACACUAUUAUAUCAGGACAACGCCUUCUGGCAGGGAAACAACUGGUGGCUAGCAUCUCCAGCACAAAUCAUUCAAGUGGAAGAUUUGAACUUAUUAUGCAAACAGAUGUGAACCUGGUGAUGUAUCCUUCACAAUCUCCAAGAGCAGUAGCUUAUGCUUAUUGGUCUACAGCAACAUUUGCUGCUGGAAAUAAUUUGAUGGAUGGAAUAUUCAGGCUAUAUUCACAUAAUCUGGAUCAAAACGGUAAUUGGUCGAUUGAAUGGUCAUCAUCUGACCACUUGUGCGAUCCAAUUGUCUUGUGCGGCUUGAAUUCAUAUUGUACUCUAGCAGAUCGGGUUCCUACAUGUGUUUGUACUGCUGGAUUUGAUUUUAUUGAUCAGAGCCAGAAGAAUUUGGGCUGCAAGAAGAAUUCCUCUUCAAUUGAUUGUAUGAGCUUGGCAGAGAGUAAUUUUACCAUGCAUGAACUGAGGGAUAUAACAUGGGAAGCAAUAUCCUGUGCUCUUGUUCAUAGAUACCGUGCUUGGGAAUACAAAGCAAUCUCCACGGAAGCAAACAGAGAACGGGUUUGGGAUGUCUCUCUAAGAUCAUUUACAUACCAGGAACUCGAAAGGGCGACAGAUGGGUUCCGUGAAAAAUUAGGAAGGGGAGCUUUUAGGACAGCUUUCAAGGGAACCUAA